CUGUCUCCUCCUCCUGAACGACUUGAGGAAGCGUUUUACUUUAUGAUCGGCAACUCGCUUGCGCUUCUUGUGCUGUCCGUCGCGCUAUUCCUCUAUCUCAGACGGAGGCCUCGUUCCUUGCCCCCUGGGCCAAGAGGUCUUCCGGUCAUUGGGAAUGCACGGGACGUUCCGAAGAAUUUCGAAUGGCUCACUUACGACAGAUGGAGUCGAGAGUAUGAUUCAGACAUCAUCCAUCUGCGCAUGUUUGGCACCACGGUCAUUAUUAUAAACUCUAUGAAAGCUGCGAAUGAGCUCCUCAACAAGCGGUCAAGCAUCUAUUCUGACAGGGAGCAUUUAGUCAUGACGGCAGACCUCGUUGGCUGGGACCGCGACAUUGGCUUCAUGCCUUACGGUGACAAAUGGCGAGAGCAUCGACGGCUCUUCCACCAGCAGUUCCGUCCUGCCACAGUGCACACAUACCAUCCCAAAUUGUUAGAAGAGGCCAGAAAGCUCUUGCCGCGUUUGCUGUUCCAGCUUGGUGACUUUAUGCAGCCUCUCCGGACCAUGACUGCUUCCAUGAUAUUGGGUGUGACUUACGGAAUGGAGCUUCAUACCGAUAACGAUCCGUACGUUAUAUUGGCUGAGAAGGCGGUUCACUCGAUGGCGGCGACGGGCAACAUGGGAUCGUAUGCCGUUGAUUACUUACCAUGGCUGCGGUAUUUGCCAUCGUGGGCUCCCGGAGCCGGAUUCAAGCGUCAAGCAGCGGAAUGGAAGGAAUUGGUGGUUGAGAUAUUCGAAAGACCUUUUGUGUCGAUAAAGCAGGCGAUGUCCUUGGGGAAGGCACCACCGUGCAUUCUCACGACGAUGCUUGAAGAACUGGACCCGAAGAAAGACAACUCGGACCGAGAAACUAUGAUCUGCCAAGUCACAGGAACAGCUUACAAUGCAGGGUCAGAUACGCCUGUCUCUUCGCUAGGGACCUUCAUACUUGCGAUGCUCCUGUACCCCGACGUUCAGCGACGAGCGCAGAAAGAAAUGGACCGAAUCAUGGGCUGCGACCGUCUCCCUGAAUUCGAAGAUAGGGGAUCCCUCCCGUAUAUUACCGCCGUGAUGAAAGAGACACUAAGAUGGCACCCCGUUUCACCAUUAGUGUCGUACAAGUUGCGAGCGGACGACGAAUACGGAGGAUAUCAUUUUCCCGCAGGAUCAAUCGUCAUUGGCAAUGCUUGGGCCAUUCUCCACGACAAGAAGAGAUACCUGAACCCGGAGAUGUUUGACCCCACCCGCUUCCUGAGACCCGACGGAGAGCUGGAUAACGGUGUGCCAGAUCCUGUCGAAGCGGCUUUCGGCUUCGGUCGCAGGAUCUGCCCUGGUAGGCACUUCGCCGCGGACUUGCUAUGGAUUACGAUGGCGCACAUAUUGGCGACGCUGAACAUUCAGAAAGCCAUCAGUGAAGCGGGAAACGUCGUAGAGCCCAGUGGCGAAUAUACUUCGGGUUUCAUUAGCCACCCGGUUCCUUUCAAGGCAUCCUUCAAGCCUCGGUCUCCUGCAUCCUUGGACUUGAUAGGGUCGAGAAGCUCUUUGAAAUAAAGAGAAGUCUGAAAAGUAGAUGCAUCUCCAUAGCCUGAAUCUACUGUCGCAGGCUGCAGAACAAAUUUCGUGCCGC